AUGACCAUUGAACCGCUAACACCCUCAUAUCAAAACACUUCCUUCUCUGAAUAUAAGGUAACAUCUCUGCUGCUCAGUGUUAAUUACAAAGAUAAGCUUAUCAUCACACAGGACAGAAAGUGUUGUGGACGCCAAGGUUGUAAGUCGGCGAAGGACCUUAGGGAAAAUUUAUUGUAUUAUCUGCAAACAACUUUUAUUUUAAGGAUGGCAACAAAAUGGGGAAUUGCAAGUGCUGGUAAAAUCAGUCAUGACUUUGUUGUUGCUUUAAGCACACUCUCCCAGGAAGAACACAAAGUUGUGGCUGUGGCUGCCAGAGAUCUUGAAAGAGCCCAGGCCUUUGCAGACCUCCAUAAAAUUCCUUCUGUAUAUGGUUCAUAUGAAGAACUUGCAAAAGAUCCUAAUGUUGAUGUUGUGUACAUUGGAGCUGUCCAUCCGCAGCAUCUUCCAAUUGGAAAGAUGAUGUUGAAUAAUGGGAAGCCUAUACUCUGUGAAAAGCCAUUGACUAUGAAUUUGAAAGAAACAACUGAACUGAUUUCAUUAGCAAGGGAGAAAGGAUUGUUUUUGAUGGAAGCAAUUUGGUCUCGUUGUUUUCCUGCAUAUGACAUGCUGAGAAGGGAAAUGGAAGCAGGGAAUCUGGGUGAAGUCGUCCAGGUUAUUGUUAAUUUUGGCUUUCCAAUAGAGAGUGUGGACCGCAUGAGGUUGAAGGAGCUUGGUGGUGGAACUAUACUUGACCUAGGAGUUUACUGCCUGCAGCUAGCUGUGCUCGUAUUUGGUCCUGUGAAUCCGACACACAUCGUUGCUUUGGGACAUUUAAAUGAGUUUGGAUGUGAUGAGAGCAUGGCAUGUGUUUUAAAGUAUGAAGGUGGUAAAACAGCAGUUUUGAGCACAAAUGCCCGCGCACUUCUUCCAAAUGAAGCGUAUAUAAUUGGGACUAAAGGAAGUAUAAAAAUACCAAACUUUUGGUGCCCUACAAGUUUGGCAACACCAGAGAAGACAUGCGAUUUCAUACUGCCAACAGCAUCAAAAUCAUUUAAUUUUAUAAAUAGUGCAGGUCUACGCUAUGAAGCUAUGGAAGUUCGCCGUUGCUUGAGGGAAGGAUUGCUAGAAAGCCCCAAAAUAACCCAUGCUGAAAGUAAACUGAUUGCUGAAUUGGAAGACAAAUUGAGAAAAGAAAUUGGAGUUACAUAUGAACAAGAUGAGUAGUUGAAGCUUGGUAUUCAUUUGCACACUAUGUUAGCAAAAAGGUGUUAUUUUCAUAAUUACCCGCAUUUUCAGGGAAAACUGGGUGUAAAAUGUACAUAUGUGUGUCUGUGGAUGUUGUGAUAAUGCUUGACAGACUUUCUAAAUUUUAUUUUUGUGCUUAGCAAUAUUCAUAAAAUAUUGUAGCACUCAGUUGUGUUUUACUCAACCACCUGUCAGCAUCUUAAAUUCUCAUGGGUUUUAUGUGUAAUAUAGUGGUUAUGUUAUGACUGUAAUGAGUACUGAUGAGAGGACGUACAGCAUCAAGUCAAAAAUGAAAAAUACAAAUAUGAAAAUAGUAAUGACUAGUUUGCUGCAAAUUAUCUCAUAAGUAACAUUAAAUUCUAGUUUAGUGGAUCUGUAUGAAAAUUUGUAGCUCAUUUUUUUUAAGUAUACAAACCAAUACUUUUUUGGAAGCUGCACAGUAAUAUGGAAUAAAAUAUUUUUCUUCGUUAGCUGCUUUUUUCCAACAAAAUUGUACCAUCAUCAAUGAGUUAUUUUUAUAUAAAAUAAUAUUGUAUUUCACAGUAUAUAUAAGACUAUUGACACACACUGAACAUGCUUUUUAAGUGUUUGCAGCAUUACCUUCUGCUUUUUAUCUUUCAAGAGGAUUGGUUUUGCUAAUUCCAUUAAAAGUGUCUGUGCAUAUAUACAGUGUGUCAUCAAUAACACAUAUGCAAGUUAGUUUUGUGAAGUAAAUAAUCUGCCUUAAUAGAAGAAUGAAUCCAGUAGAAAAAAGUUAAUUGCAAACAGUAAAGGAUAAAUUCAUCUUAACCAAAUUAAGAAUUAAAUCCUUUGGGUAGAAACUGUUGAAGAAUGAUGUAAUGACAUUAUUUCUGAUUCAUUUUUUAGCAAAGUAGUAUUGCUAGACAGAAAUAUCUCAUAUUGUUUAUAACUAUUAUACUGUUUGUGGGUAAAGAAGAAAAGACAUAUUUUUUAAAUAUUAAAAAUCCUCACAGCUUAGACAGUUAUGGGAAAAUUGAAAAAAAAUAUCAUACUUUUUCAAUGGGAAAACAGUAGUAAAAAUUACUUCAAAAUGUCAUUUGUAAGUGACUGACUUCUACAUGUGGUGUGAAGUAAAACAUCUGACCACUGGUGUUACAGUCCAAUGUAGCAUACAUUGCAGACUUUCUGCUCAUUGAAAUUUACAGCAUGCCAGAAUAUUAUUUUUAUACUAUUAAUUUGUGAUGUUAUUCAUUUAACUAAUAAAAAUCCCUAAUAAAGUUCUACAAAUUUCUGUUAAGUAAUCACCAUUCUUUUUUGGUAUAUAACAAAGGAGAGAACAGUCAACGGUUUUAUAAGUUGCCAUAAAAAUAAAAGCACAUUGUUACAUUGUUGUAGAUAUUAUUUCAGCUUGUUUAAAAAAUUCAAAUGAAUGUAGCCGUCUUAUCUAGUAUGUGAUCAUAUUGAGAUGGACAGGUAGUUGCAGGUAAUAUGGAUUGUUGGUUCAGAGAGGAAUAAUGCAGAAAUGUGAUUUAAUAAAUAUUUUAUAUUGCUUAAACAUAACAUUUUAUUUAAAAUUACCUGUGUCAUAUUUUUAGUGUACAUUAGUGUAGAUUACACCCCCCCCCCUCCCUAUAUGGCACAGAAAUAAAGGUGAAAUAAAAAAGACAGUUUAAUUUUUUAUAUACAAGACCUUUGUUUGUCUAAAAAUUAUUUUGCCACUAAUUAUGUGAAUGUCACUAUGAAUAAUUUUGUGAAUCACAUGCUUGUCAAUAUCACCUAAUAAAUUGUUGCUAAUAUUGCACCUUUUACCAGUGAAGUAACAAGUUAAUGUCGCCAGGUAGAUAUUGUUGUAUAUAAAAGUAUGCCCCUUUUACACAGGUUGGUUGUUUUUAGGUCUUUGUUUAUAUUCCUGAUUUUGACAUAAAUUAUGUACACAGAUAAAUACUAACAAAUUUUCAAAUAUAUUACUUGUUGGUACUUUUAUCUCUUGGUGCUUAUGUAUGAAAUAAUGCAGACUCUUUCUCAGAACUCUGAUUGUUUUCCAAAUAUAGCACAAGACAAUGUAUACACUUUCUGUAACAUACAGUGAUUGUUCCUUCUAAAACCUCUUAAUAACAAUUUAAGUAAGAUACUUUUUGCAGUGUGUUGCCUUGAAAAAGUCAGAAGAAACUAUUCAUCUGGGUCAUAAAAAGAUUGUUGUACAACAGGUGUAAAGAAGUUACUGGAAUGAAUUAUACAGUAGACCUCAUUGGAGGCUGAUACAACACUCCAUGAUCUUUUACUUUGUUAAUAUCUUAUACACAAUUUCCCAUUAAGUUAAUAAUACCCACAUUCAUCAAAUUCGCAAGUGGGCAAUUUUGACACACUGUCCAAUGAUUUGUUGUGGAGCAUUUAUAGUUACCUGAUUUCAGAGGAAACUACUGGGAGCAAGUGAGCCAACAUCCCCGCCUCUGCCUCAUACCAUAGGUGGACUGAGAUGGAGGGUGAACUCGUCAGCAUGCACAAUACAUUUAAAUAAACAAUCUGAGAGUACAGCCAUUUCAUAAAGUAGAUUCAUCAGCUGAUGUUAACAUUGGCGAUACUUAAAUUUGCUUUCCGGACUGCAGUAUGUUAACAGUAUUGCCAUAAAACUGGGAAUAACAAAGAUCCAACAUUCCAAGUCAUAUCUUCCUAAAUCGAUGUAUGUGCUUAAGUAUUCCUCUAAAAAUAAUUCAGUGUUUUGAAAUUUCUUAUUUAAAUCAGUGUACAGUUCUAAUAUCAACCUGACUCCCUUGUGAGUGAAAAGAACCUGCUAGUGUUCACUUUCAUGUUUCUCUGUGACCUUGUGCUCCCAGGCAGCUUCUUAUUGCAUAAUGCUGAAUGAACUAAUUUGAAUUACGCUGUUAUUCACAUGCAGAGCCCAAUAGUAUUGCCUUUCAUCUGAUGGCAGCACUAAAACUUCGUCGUAUAACAUGGUACUAGGGUUAGCAAUUCCACAGCAGUAUCACUUAUAGGUUGCAAGUACUCAUUAAUAGGUCAGACACUUUCCUUAAUGAGUAAUUUUUACAUACUUGCCAUAGUAUAUCAGUAAUGUGUGUCUUAGCAGUCAAAUUGUGCAUCUUUCAGUGACAUUCUUGUAGGAAUGCUGUGAACUAACCCUUCCAGUAGUGGAUACUGUGAACAUUCCAGACAUACCACUCUUUACUUGAGGAUAAUUAUUUAGCUUUUGUCUAUAAUUUUGUUGUAUGUGAUCUUAAUUAUUAAUGUCAAUGUUUCACUUUAAAAUCAACUUGCAAAGUUAAAAUUUAAAUAGCCAAUUUUGUACUCAGCAACUUAUGGUAAGCGACCCCCCCCCCCCCCCCCUC